AUGGCAACGAAAUCCCAAAAACUAAGAUCUGUUGCUGUGGUUGUGGCUCCUCCAGAUAAGGCAAGAUCACCAUGCAAACAGUACUUUCACCCAUAUGGACGCUAUAUCAUUCCGAUUAGCCCCUACGGAUGGUAUCGCGUUCUCGUCUACAGUCACAACAGUGGUUAUACCAUCGAGGAGGUGCUGGAUAAGUUGAGGCUGUCCGUGUCACCUCAAAGGCUUAGAUACUACUAUCUGCACGAAGGCGGGGAGCAGGAUGAGGAUCGGGACAAGAGGGCCACGUUCACCUUCUAUGUGGAUAGCUACAAACUGGCUGCGAAACUACAGCAAAAAGGUCAUCGACCUCCUGUUAUUGGUGUACGAGUGAGCGACGGACCACCCAACAUCCAAGUGGACGAUUUUUAUAGAUGGAAACUGCGCACAGUGAUCAUGUCCAGCUCCAGGUAUGACCCUGGAAAAUCUUGUCUAAAUCUCUGUCGCUUUUACGCCGACGAUUGCUGGAAGGGCGAGUUCUGUGCUUUGCAGCAGUUCCAGUGCCUGGAGGCUAUCAUUGAGAUUAUGGAACAAGAGAUGCCACAGUUGCGUCACCUAAUGCUGGACAGCAAUCAUCUUAGUAUUUUGAGCGGGUUCCAGGGUAUGGAACAGCGUUUUUCCCAGCUGAAAAGUAUUUCCCUGGAGCACAACGAACUGAAGUCGCUGCAUGAGUUGCGCGUCUUUGAGCGUCUUCAACUCAAAAAGCUGAACCUUAGAAGGAAUCCCUUGCCCCGAAACUAUGAGCAACACUUGGUCAUCAUGUUUCCUCAUCUGCGUGCAUUGAAUGGACAGAGACUAAGGUGGCAGAGAUCAUCUUCACCCGGCGAAUUCAUUGUCAGUGAUACCGAUAUCGACAGCGAUGUGGAGAUUGUGUCAGUCAGCGAAUGUAAGCCUGUCGUCCUCCUGCCCGAACCACGUUUUUUUUAUCUGGCACCGCAUUCCCUCAACAUGCAACCGGGAAUACGAAAGUUUGUGCGUCGAUAUCUCAAGGCGUUCGAUGGCGAUAAAAGGAGCACUGACUUGGAAGGCUUUUAUCAUGACAACACGCUGGUCACGCUGAGACUGGAUAAGGAACAAGCUUCAUGGUUCAAAAACACUCCCGAUGCGGCCCAUGGUCGUCAGCUCUUGGCAUCCCGUCAAGCCGUUCUACAGAUGUUCGAAGCAUGGCCAAAAACGCGACAUCUGCCAUCAACAAUGACCUUGGACCUAACUUUGGUGCAGUUGAAAAUGCUGUCCGCAUCGAUUACAGGUUGCUUCGAGGAGACGGAACUGCGACAUUAUAUGCGCACCUUUGUGCUGACAAGGAGCCAAGAAACUGAUGACUUUCGCAUUGCCAAUGAGCUCAUCUAUCUGGGUCGUGCUAUCCAUAGUCGUGGUCACGGUCCAUGCCAACAAUCGUCUCUCAAUCCCAACCAGCACAAUCUCAUGACCAAGUUGUCAGCAGAGACGCGAUUGAAAUCGCACUGGAGUUGCAAGUUUCUCAAGGAUACCAAUUGGGACUACCAGCAAUCUUUGUUGGCAUUCCAGACACUCCUCCGUCGUCGCCAGAUUCCCAAUACCGCCUUCCACGAGCUUGAUAUCCAGCCUGAAUGGUGCCCGUGACGCCAAACUGUAUUUCCAAUGUGCCCACAGGGAAAUUGAAAAUUCCACUGAUUAUGCUGAUUACAUUUUAUUUGAAUUUGAUGGUAAGGGUAUUAAGAGUCCAACGACUAUGACUUCUAUCCGAAAUGAAGGAGACUUUAUUGGAGCAAUAUCAUAAUA